AUGGCUGCCAAAAAUCCUAAUAGACAGAAUUCCCUGCCAUUACACAAAGUUUUGAUUAUAGGCAGUAGUGGUGUCAGGAAACAUGAUUUAAUACUCCAUUUUAUGUACGGUGAUUCUGAGGCAGACUAUGAACUCAGCGAUCAGGACAGCUACAAACAGGACAGCUACGUGAAAAAGGUUGUGGUAGAUGGGGAGGAGGUCCAGAUUGAAAUCCGGGAUCUAUCUGGAAUGGAAGACUAUCAAGCCGUCAUAGAUAGUUACAUCCAGAAAGCAGAAGGCUUUCUCUGUGCCUUCUCCAUCACAGAGCAGAAAACCUUUGCAGCUACUGCAUGGUUAAGGGAUCAGAUUAUGCUAGUGAAGGAAUGUGACAAUGUUCCAUUCUUGCUGGUUGGAAUCCAAUCAGAUGCUGGAGAUAAAAGGGAGGUCUCUGUGGAUGAGGCAACAUGCAAAGCUGCUAAAUGGAACGUGGAGUAUAUGGAGAUACCUGGAGCACAGACACAGGCUGAGGUACAAAAAGUAUUCUUCAAUUUACUGAGACAAAUCAAAGCCUACAAAAUGGAAAGCAAACAUGAUGAAGACGUCAAGAAAAAGCAGAAAAGCCUGGCCAAGAUAAUAAGAGAAAAACUUUUCAAAAAAAGAUGA